UCCAUGUCGCUUUUGCAUUCCGAGCCUAGCGCCUGUGAGGGCCAGUUUGACGGCGCCGCCGUCGACUUCACCUAUGCCGGUGGCCGCGGAGAGCUCGGGCUGCGGUACCGCGCGAACGGCUCCACCGAGGCCAUCGACGGCCAGAGCAUCAUCGCCUGCAUUGCCGACGGCGACGAGCACGCGCUGCUGUACGUCGACGCGCCAACCGACGCCCAAGCCCUGCCCGCCUUCAAGUCUGCCCGCGCCCGCAACCUGCCCCCCGCCUUUGUCGCCGACAACCUCCUCCGCCAGAAGCCCGUCGCGACCCCCGACGCCGGCAUCCAUGUCGUCGUCUCUACCAAGUCCGGCACCUGCCUCGCCGAGCAAUUCUACAACGACGCGCUCGUGCCGCUACUGCGCGCGCUUGGCCUGCAAGAGGACCUCGACUACGCCGUCCACCGCACCCGGUCCGCAAAUACCGUCACCGAGCUGACGCGCGACAUCUUCCUCCCCGCCGCCAACGACGGCGUGACCCAGCGCAUUAUUGUCCUGGCGGGCGAUGGCGGCAUCCUAGACAUCACGAACGGCUUGCUGGCGGGUGCUCGGAGUGAGCGCUUCGUCCCGCCCGCUGUCGCCCUGCUGCCCGUGGGGACGGGAAACGCGCUGGCGCACUCGUCAGGCGUGACGGACGACAAUACAUGGGGACUAGCGACGCUUGCGCGGGGAGAGACCGCCGCCCUGCCUUUGUUGCGGGCGACCUUCUCGCCCGGCGCGCGGCUGCUGGUCGACGAGGGCAGCAGGGAAGAGGAAUUGCCACUGCGCGACUUGGACGGCAGGCCGAUCGUGUACGGCGCGGUGGUGUGCAGCUGGGGCAUGCACGCCGGCUUGGUCGCCGACAGCGACACGGCCGAGUACCGCAAGUACGGCGUGGAGCGGUUCCAGAUGGCAGCCAAAGAGGCGCUAUACCCAGCUGACGGCGGCGAGCCGCACCACUAUCGCGGCAAGGUGUCGCUGCUCAAGGUGAGCGAGGGCCUGGACAGCUGGACGCCGCUGGAGCGGCGCGAGCAUGCCUACGUGCUGGCGACGCUGGUGUCACGGCUGGAGAAGACGUUUAUGAUAUCGCCGUCGUCGGCGCCGCUGGGCGGGGAGUUGCGGCUGGUGCAUUUCGGGCCCAUGGCGGGCGACGAGGUGAUGCGCGUCAUGGGUCUGGCGUAUCAGGGCGGCAAGCACGUCGACGAGCCGGCCGUGGGGUACGAGGCGGUGGAUGGGGUGCGGAUUGAUUUCGAGGGCGCGGAAGAGGAGGCGCGUUGGCGGCGGAUCUGCGUGGAUGGGAAGAUAGUGCGGGUGGAGAAAUCUGGGUGGGUGGAGAUGCGACGGGAAAGGGCUCAGGUGGUGGAGCUGGUGAGAGACACGUAGUUGUAGAAAGUUGAAGCGCGACGCGACAAGACAGCGCAUGUGACGCAAUCGAGCAGGCGAGCUAGCUGACACGGGGCGCGUGACGGAUCCUGCAGAAGCACAAAAGGUGAAUGGAUAGGAGCAGGAGUAGAGGUAGGAGUAGCGGGAAAUAGAUA